AUGACAACCACGGAUUGGGUAACAGGACUGGCCGGCAAGGCCGACGUCGACCUUCAGGAUUUCGACAAAGGGCACUCGCUAGUCCGAGAAUCGGGUUGGGUCAAGGGAUCUCAGGGGAAUAGAGAGAAUUGGAAGCGGAUAGUGCACAUCCGUCGAGAAGGAGAUGGCAAAAGUGACGGAACGGUUUAUGCAGAUGACGGGUUAAGCUGCAUCAUUCGAGUAUCUGAUUCGGAUAAAUGUUUCCGCACAUAUGAGAACGAACAGGAAAUUACUGACAGGUAUCUGGCCUCGUCACUUCUGGCGGCCGUGUCGGGAAGGUUGGCUUACAACUUGAGUGAAGGCAUCCAUACCGCACAAUUCAUGCAGCAGCCUAGGAAGUACGUGCAGGCCAUUAUUAAUGCGACAGCAAGUGGCCAAGCCGUAGCGGAAUCUGGCUGGCAUGUCGUUCCUGUCAAGUUCUGUGACGUGGACAGGAAGGGCUUGGUUGAGUAUGUGAGGAGUGAUCAGUUGGGGAGUGAUUUCCCAGACAGAGCCUACAGACUAGCGCUCGAGCUUAAUGACCUGCCAUCCUCGGACAGAGAGCCGAUCUUCAAACUGGUCAUUCGUCAUUCAAGGCACGUAGCAGCUAUUUCCAGAGAAUACCACAGCGGGGAAGUGGAUAUCUAUGACAGACAGUUCGUCUUAAAUUACUUACCUUGCGGAACGGUGGUCAGGCCGACGGGAUCUGCCUGUAAAGCAUGCUACUGCACCACGAAGAGGAUGGAGAAGAUGUGGCAGGACACGGACAUGAAGCGUAAGGCUAAUCGUCAAACGUUCAUGGAUAUCGAAGGACGAACGCACGUAUUUUCGCGCAGGGCAUUCUUCGGAAAUAUCUUAACAGUUGUUCUCGCAUUGUCGGCUAUCACCUACUACUUUACGGGGGAGAUCGGCACUCCCAAGGAUGAUGUGGAGGUGUUAGUCACUGCUUUCGCGGCAGGUUCCGCCUUUUAUGUGAUUUAUAAUCACUUGUUUGGCUCUGGAGAGUCAGUGCGGGACGCCGUGAGAUCCAGGAGGCCAGUGGGCGGGAUUAGCGAACAUGUCCCAGCAGCGCAGAGGGUUGCGUUCCUAAAGUGGGCCACCUAUUUUGCAGACAUAGGUAGGAUACUAAGCCCUCAGGACUCUUGCGCGUUGACGGCAACUGCCAGGGGGGCAUAUACUAUGGAUAUCAACACGGAUGCGGACUUCGUGGAAUCUAUGGGUAUGUUGUUCUGUAAAGAUGCUAUCAUCUUCCCUGACAGCGAGGGUCUGGUAGUUAACCAAGUGUCACGGUUAUCAGGGCUAAGAUACCACACUGACUGGCACGAGAGUACCGGGUUAUUGCUAACUGAAGUUGUUAGUCGAGGAGCUACUCUGGGUCAAAGGCGACACAAGCCCGAGCGCGAUUAAGAGGCGUUCAGCAUUGGACUUAUCGAGCAGGAUCGAAUCUAGUAUCAAGCGACAUGUGCCUCCAGAACAGCUACAGGUAUGGAGGGUCGUCACAAGUCAACUAGUCGACUGGGGGUAUACGACCGGGCUACGAGAAUUUCUUGACCGGCCUGGUGGGCAUGAGAACUUAGAAAGAGCUAAUUCAGAUGCGGAGCACAGUAUCGGGAGCAAGUGAUCAUCUCUGUUUUUUCCGAAACAGAUUUCUUCCGCCCUGACUCCGUCAAACGUGCGUAACAGACUCAAGAGACAAAGCGUGAGUUGGAGGGACUUUGUCGGCCCAGAGUGGUCCUUCACUGGACUAGACAGCAGGUGCGGAGGGGGAACAAUACACGGCGUACGCUCGGGACCUAAGGUCGCACCCGCACAAGUGGGCAUUAAGUCUUAACAGAGUGGCGUCUCCUAUCGGAUGUUUCCCUCGCGAAGGCGUUGUCAGGGAGGACCGUGAUGACGGAGCUCAGUGUGACGUAGGAUACUGCACCGGCACCGCGCGACACGGUAGCUCUCCUACGCAGGGCAGAGUGGAGUGCGUGUCUGCGGUAGACAACAGGCCUAAGUUGUGACUCGGGCUAUUGACGUAGCCGCCUGACGUGGACGCCCGGUCGGGACUAGCAGCACCCACGGAUCCACGGCUUACGAUCAGUGUCCGGUCUCUGACUUCCAAAAUGCGUAAAUGCGUGAAUGCGUGAUGUCUCUCUGAGUUGACGCUGGAGUCGCACGCCAUGCCUGAGCCCGCGCGUAGCCGCUGGCGGUAACGUGGCCUCCACGGGUCCGAACACGCCGAGGCCACCUGUGUCUCGCUUGCCACCCGCGCAGCUAGUUCUCUCCUAGCUGCCUUCAGGCUAGCUUCUAUCAGCUGAAUGCUCCGUCUGAGCUCCCCCUCGUUCUUGUCGGGACACUUCGGUAAAUUUGAAUCACUAUUCGAGAU